UUGCCUUGUUCACUAUCUAUAUAUCCAAAUGACCUUUCCAUAAUACAUUAUGUUCUUGCUAUUUCGUUCAACAAAGACCCUACAAACUCAAUAGCUGAUUUCGACCCAAACCAACCAACUUCCCGAUCAAAUGGCAAACGAGAGGUGGUUGCCAGGCUAAAAGCAGAACUCAAUACCGGUGUUGCUAUCAUCGGGGAUGGCAUGACUGAUGCAAUGGCAUGCCCUCCUGCCGAUGUCUUCAUCGGAUUUGGUGGUAAUGCCGAUAGAAAUUCCGUGCGCCAGAGUACGCCAUACUUUUUUACCAGCAUAAUUGGCCUUGAAAUUUUUCUUGAAGAGAAUCGCGUAUUUAAAAUUCCUAACUUUGUCUAA